AUGCGAAGUGAGACGCCACCGGGCACGCUGAAGUUUGCUCGCCGCGCACGGCGCCGCGCCGGCACGGAAUGGAUGAGGUGGCAGGCCGCCCGUCCACGGGCUCGCGCCGCGGAAGCCCCCCCCCGCCCAAGCAGCCUCCGCGGCCGCUGCCGCGGAAUCCGGAGCGCCGAGCGCUGCACGGGCCCCGCCGCCCGCGCCUACCGCCGCAAGCCGAGGGCCGCAGGGAGCAGGCGAGGGCCGCCGCCACCUGCGCCGCGCGACGCAGCGGCACGGCCGUCGGCCUCGACGGCGCACUCCGCCGCCGACGCAUACGCGCCGGCCGCGGCCCCGCCUGACCGGAAACCGCCGCGGGCGCAGCCGUCAGUGACGCCGCCUCAACAGCAGGGGAGCCGCCGCCGGCCCGCGACGCCGCCGACACAAGGCGAAAAACGUCCGCGCUCCGCCGCAACACCUCCUACGGCUGGUUGCCCAUCUGCCCCCUCCCCCGUCACAGACCUCCGCCGAAACGGGCAACAGCCGCCCGCACGACCGCUGUCGCCGCCCCCGCAGCGCCCAUGCCGCGCACCCACGUCGCCUAUGCUCCUCCGCCGGUCCCCCGCAGUAGUCGGCUGA